AUGCAAAAAGACGCGCACUCCUCAUGGCUAGAAAUAAAGGCAGAGACCUCAUACUUUUCUAAUUGUGUAUUAUUAUUGAACCAUAUGCAGGUUGUCUUGAUCUCUGCAACUCUGCCCCAUGACAUCUUGGAGAUAACUAGCAAGUUCAUGACUGAUCCAGUCAGGAUCCUUGUAAAGCGUGAUGAGUUGACCCUAGAGGGCAUCAAACAAUUCUUUGUUGCUGUUGAGAAGGAGGAAUGGAAGUUUGAUACUCUGUGCGAUCUUUAUGAUACACUGACCAUCACUCAGGCUGUCAUUUUCUGCAAUACUAAGAGAAAGGUGGAUUGGCUUACUGAAAGGAUGCGCACCAACAACUUUACCGUAUCAGCUAUGCAUGGUGACAUGCCUCAGAAGGAAAGGGAUGCAAUCAUGAGUGAGUUCAGGAGUGGCACGACCCGUGUUCUGAUCACAACAGAUGUUUGGGCUCGAGGGCUGGAUGUUCAGCAGGUCUCUCUUGUCAUUAAUUAUGAUCUCCCGAAUAACCGUGAGCUUUACAUCCAUCGCAUCGGCCGCUCUGGGCGUUUUGGGCGCAAGGGUGUGGCGAUCAACUUUGUGCGCAAGGAUGACAUCCGUAUCCUGAGGGACAUUGAGCAGUACUACAGCACGCAGAUCGACGAGAUGCCGAUGAACGUCGCCGAUCUGAUCUGAGCUCUGGACCGGAGCGGUCUCUCCCUCGCUAGGUCUCUGUGUGUGGGAUUUGGUUGAUGUUUGGCCAUGACGACUGUAUUGGGGUUUCCUUUGUUUUGCUUUUGGGCGGGUAUGAAGGAACAUGAAGUGUUUAUAUUGUUUCUUGGAGAAGCAGCUCUGGCCAACUUUGGCAGGCACUCUGCUCAUUGAACUUGUUAUUUUAAUUAGUUUUGGCCUUUUGAAUAA